CUUAAAAACUGAAAUUUCUAUCCCAAACUAUUGGCGAAUGAAUUCGAGAUGGAUGAUUCAGAAACUGACCUCUCACCUUCCUCUUUGCUUGUCUACCGUUUUGUGCCCUUCGAAACUCCUAAUCCGGCAAAGCCCAAGUUAUCAAGUCUCCACUUUUCUCCUCAAUCAUGUCGAUAUGAGCCUUCUCUUAUCCAUCUGCGGCAGAGAAGGCUGGUUUCCUCAUCUGGGUCCUUGUCUCCAUGCUUCCAUUAUCAAGAAUCCUGAAUUUUUCGAGCCUGUAGAUGCUGACAUCCAUCGAAACGCUCUUGUCGUUUGGAACUCUUUGCUUUCUCAGUAUGUGAAAUGUGGGAAGUUAGUUGAUGCGCUCCAGUUGUUCGACGAAAUGCCCAUAAGAGAUGUUAUCUCGCAGAAUAUACUGUUUUACGGGUUUCUGAGGAACAGAGAGACCGAGUCUGGUUUUGUAUUGCUUAAACGAAUGCUUGGGUCUGGUGGGUUUGAUCAAGCGACCUUGACGAUUGUUUUAUCAGUUUGUGUUACGCCAGAGUUUUGUUUGGUGACCAAGAUGAUCCACGCUUUAGCAGUUUUAAGUGGCUAUUAUGACAAGGACAUAUCUGUGGGGAACAAACUGAUCACAUCCUAUUUCAAAUGUGGGUGUUCGGUUUCUGCGAGACGGGUUUUUGAUGAGAUGGCAUCACAUAGAAAUGUCAUCACAUGGACAGCUGUGGUUUCGGGUCUGAUAGAGAAUGAGUUACAUGAAGAUGGUCUAAGACUGUUUAGUUUGAUGCGUAGAGGAUUGGUCCAUCCAAACUCAGUAACUUAUUUGAGUGCUCUGGCUGCUUGUUCUGGCUCACAGAGGGUGGUGGAAGGGCAACAGAUUCAUGCCCUUUUGUGGAAAUUUGGGAUUGAAUCAGAAUUAUGCGUUGAGAGUGCGCUAAUGGAUAUGUACUCUAAAUGUGGAAGCAUUGAAGAUGCGUGGAAGAUUUUUGAGUCCACUGAAGAAGUUGAUGAAGUUUCCAUGACUGUGAUAUUAGUUGGUUUUGCACAAAAUGGGUCAGAGGAAGAAGCUAUACAGUUCUUCAUUAGAAUGCUUCAAGCUGGUGUAGAGAUUGAUGCAAAUGUAGUCUCAGCUGUUCUUGGAGUUUCGUUUGUCGAUCAUUCUCUGGGUCUAGGCAAGCAACUGCAUUCUUUGGUUAUCAAACGAAAAUUCUCCGGUAACACCUUUGUCAACAAUGGACUCAUUAAUAUGUACUCAAAAUGUGGAGAUCUGACUGAUUCACUAACUGUCUUUAGACGUAUGCCUAAGAGGAACUAUGUUUCAUGGAACUCGAUAAUUGCAGCGUUUGCUCGCCAUGGUCAUGGAUUAGCUGCCUUGAAUCUAUACGAAGAAAUGAUUACACAAGACGUGAAGCCGACAGAUGUUACCUUUCUAUCUCUACUUCAUGCUUGUAGCCAUGUAGGGUUGAUCGAUAAAGGCCGAGAACUCUUAAACGUGAUGCAAGAUGUCCAUGGGAUCGAGCCUAGGACAGAGCAUUAUGCCUGUAUUAUUGACAUGUUUGGUCGUGCUGGUCUUAUGACAGAAGCAAAGAGCUUUAUAGACUCAUUGCCUAUCAAGCCUGAUUAUAAAAUUUGGCAAGCAUUGCUUGGAGCUUGUAGUUUUCAUGGUGAAACAGAAGUAGGGGAAUAUGCAGCUGAACAGUUAAUUCAAACUGCACCUGAUAGCUCAGCAGCCCAUAUCUUGAUGGCCAACAUUUACUCAUCCAGAGGGAAAUGGAAGGAGAGGGCGAAGACGAUCAAGAGAAUGAAAUCAAUGGGAGUGACUAAAGAAACAGGCAUAAGUUCGAUUGAAGUUGAGAAUAAAACACACAGCUUUGUGGUUGGGGACAAACUACAUCCACAAGCAGAGGCUAUAUAUGAUGUUCUGUCUGAAUUGUUUCCGAUUAUGGUGGACGAAGGUUACAGACCGGAUAAGAGGUUUAUUCUCUGUCAUACAGGAGAUGACAGAAACGGCACAAAUACAAUGGAAGGUCUUCGUUUAUUUGCUUCGGUACCUAGAAUCUCUUUCUUCUCCAAUUCAAGAAAUUCAAAUUCUCAGCGAUUCAUCCCCAGUUGCAGAGAGAAAAGCAGAGAAGAUCCACUCUCUAGCUCUUCACCGUACUCUAUACUUGGCGUAGAGCCAAGCUGCUCAUCUUCUGAGCUAAAGGCAGCUUUUCGUGCGAAAGUGAAACAAUACCAUCCUGAUGUAAACAAAGAGAGAAGCAACUCUGAUAUUAUGAUCCGUCGCAUUAUCCAGGCAUAUGAGAUGUUAACAAACUAUAGCCGGUCAGAGAUAAUUGAAGGAGAAUGCUUGUACCCUUUUGACCAUCCAGAGUGUGAGGCACUUGACGUGUUUGUGAAUGAAGUCCUCUGUGUUGGAAAAAGAUGUUCGUACCCAUGCUUUAAAACAGCUCCUCAGGUCUUCUCAUGUGAUACAACUGGAACAGCUCGAGCAAUGCCCCAAGGGCAUGGCGAAGAUUACCGUGUACAGUCUGCAGUUAAUCAGUGCCCGAGAAAUUGCAUACAUUAUGUCACACCAUCACAGAGAAUUAUUUUAGAAGAGUUACUUGACAGUGUCUUGGGAAAACCUUAUGAUUGUUCCGCGGAAUCAGAAUUUCUCUAUGCUCUUAUCGUCAAAGCUCAGUUUGAGAACAAUCGGUACCAGAAGCCAAAAAAGAAACAACCUGAAUCUUCAGGAAAACAUGUAGACUGGUUCUGAAGUUGAACAUUUAAGUCCACGGAAGAAGUUGAUGAAGUUUCCAUGACUGUGAUAUUAGUUGGCCUAGCACAUAAUGGAUCAGUCCGUCAGUGAACGCAGCUAUACUGUUCUUUAUUAAUAUGCCUUCAAGCAGGUGCAGAGACUGAUUUCUUUGUUCAAAACCAAAAUAAAAGUGCUCAAUGAUUGAUAACAUUGUUCCGUUGGUUAUAUGAGUAAUCUUUAAACUUAAAUAAA